CCCAUUAAGUACUUUGCUCGAAUCAACUCACAUAACUAUUUCAGCUACUCGCUCAAAGCAAGGUUUUUAAUUCUUCUACUCGGAUGAUGUUCAAAUUCUAUAUCAGGGCGUUUGGUGUCCUCCUGCGUAGUUUUAUGGUUUUGGCGAAUAUCUGUCCAGUCAACGCUACAAAAACAGAUGAUUCCAAACGAGCUGUAGAGGUUGAUAUAGCAGAUGGGUCUCUUCCACCUCUGACUGAACCUCCCAAUGCAACAGCCAUUUUGGACAAAAUGUUUGUCAACUACGACAAGAGACUCAGGCCCAUGUAUGGAGGAGAUCCUGUUUACAUCUACGUGUCGCUGGGCUUCCUUUCCAUAAGCCAUGUGACAGAGGAAAAUAUGGAAUUUAAGGGAGACAUCUACAUGCGCCAGUUCUGGAAGGAUCCAAGAUUGGCGUACGGUGACAAGAAUUGGACAUUAAUCCUUCAAGGAGAUAUUCUCAGGAAGAUGUGGUUUCCAGAUACGUAUAUCGAGAACGGGAAGAAAACAACCAUCCACGAUGACACAAGAACAGUCAUUGUGUUCGGAGACGGAAAUGUGUUUUAUUCCGUAAGGGUCACAGUGAAUGCUAUGGGAUUGAUGGAUUUUAAAAACUACCCAAUGGAUGUCCAGCUAUUCUUCUUCAGAGUACUGAGUUACGGUUUUGACAUCACUCAGAUACGAUACAAAUGGAUUGGUGCAUCGCUUUACAGUACAGACAUGGCAGAAUUCUACGUUAUGAAUCAAACACUUGCCAGUGACAAGGUCAAAUACAUGAUAGGUUGGUUCGAUUAUCUUGACGUCAACUUUCACGUGCGAAGAAGGAUUGGCCAUUAUGUCAUACGCAUAUUCUUUCCCUGCAUUCUUUGUACGGUUGUAUCGUGGCUGCCAUUCUGGAUGGAUCGAAACGAGAUCGGUGACCGCGGUGCCCUAGGCAUUACCACGCUACUGACGGAAGUCUUCCUUCUGCAAUACACCAACGACUCAAUGCCACGUGUCAGCUACGUAAAAGCCGCUGAUCUGUUUUUAAUUGUCUCGUUCGCUUUCACCUUUAUGGCCUUGCUGGAAAGUGUCAUCGUGUACAAUUACAAAAAGAAGUCUUUCAUGGCGGAAAGUACCCAAACAAAGUCGCUGACUGGUGGAAGAACGUUUUUCCGUAAACGCACUGCCAAAGUUGAGGAAGUCUGUAAGGCAGGCACUGUGCACAUAAAUGGCUCAUAUAUUAACCCGACAGUACCUGCUGAGCCAGAAGACCCACCACGUCCAUUACCUGAACCUCAAGGAAAGAAAGCCCCUUGGAAAGAACCAGAGGAUGAAAAGCAAGAACUUCCCAGAUGUUCUGCGCUGUCAAAAUCGAAAAUCCGCAGCUACUAUACUAGCGUCAAGAGCUAUUUGGCAAAGACCGAUCUCAGUUUUUUCAUCGAGAUGUCCUCCCGCAUUUUGUUUCCCCUCAUGUAUAUCGGAUUUAUCGCCUUUUUCUUUGGGAAAUAUGGAAUAUAAGGUUAAGAACAUAGAACGUCUGAAUUUUUGGAGGCAUUUAUUCGGUUUACGUUGUUCUCUUAUUUUGAUAUUUUUUGAGAAUCAUAGCAAAAACAAAUUGUAGUAAAAAAACCAAAGGAGUUAAGGAAACAGUCAAUGAGAAUUUAAGAAUGUUUAAGUUUUUGAUUUUGUGAUUUGCAUGAGUGAUAAAGUAAUCAUGUAAUUUCGAACGCAAUUUCACGCUUAAGAUCAUUAUUCACUCACCGCUGCUAAUAGGUGUAAAACUUAGAUACAAUAUCAAUAGUAGCUGAUACGAGACAAUAACAAUAGUAGCUGCUAUCUAAAUGAAUAAAGGCUGAUAGUUUCGAAAGAAACUGUUUGGGGCUGCGU